AUGUUGCUGCUCGCCAUCGCCUCCUCCACGCGCGCCGCGGCAGUGCGGCCGCUGUGCGCCUCGGCGGCCUCGUCAGGCGAGGCGGCGCCGGCGCCGACGCCUGCGCCUGCUUGUGCUGAGUCGAAACUUUUGGCGGCUCCUCCGGGAAGAGCGGUGGGGACUGCUGGGGCGUCGGCGCGGCGGGUGAAGGGGCCUGGGCGGGGGCGGAGGAGUAGAAGCCGGGGAAGCGGAAGGUGGAGCCGGCCCCGUCGGCGUGGGCCCGCUCGGAGGAGAGCGCGAAGGCGGCCCGGGUGGCACGCCCGCCUCCUCUUCCUCGUGCGCGAGGCCUCGCUCGCCGACGACUCGCGCGCCGCCGUCUCCGUCGAGAUCUACGCGGUCGCCGCGGGCACUUGGCACUUCGGCGGGGACUCGCUCGUCGGCUCGGUGCGCUUCCUCCUUGGCGACCACCGCCUCCUGUCCCGCCCCAUCGGCAGGUUACGGAACGUGCCCGUGACGGCGCGUGCGGCAUCGCUGGCCUCCUUGAGGUCCUGGAACUCUGCGUCCACCUUGUGCGUGCCGCGCACCUUCUCCAGCACGCGACACGCCUCCUCCAGGUGCCCGCGCAACACGAGGCUGUUGGGCAUCUUCGGCGGGAAGAGCGCGCCGACGAAGAUGGCCAUGGCGGGGCUCAUGGCGAGCUCGGGGUUUUGAGAGAGGAGAGAGUGCGAGUGGGGAACGGUGCCCUCGCUCCUUUUAUCUCCCGUGACUAGAAGGGCAAGAAGGACAUUGUGCUACCUGGGACCCACUUGUCAGACCUCUUAAACGGAAGAAAAUAGACGGAAUGGGGACGAAAUGGCACACGGGUAUAGUCGAAGAUGAAGUUGGGCAUAGCGGUGCGAAACAACUUUUUAGUGGCAUGGUGGUUUGGUAAUGGCAUAUAGGUAAAAAGCUCUCGUUUCCUAUACGAGUCAGGCCAGUAAAACUAAACCAGGCUAUCUCAAGCCUGCUCUUAGCAAGCCAAGACCCGCUUGUUUUGUUGCAUACGCUACUGAGCCUGGCUAGGAUGAAUUCGUGUUUGGUUU